UGCAAGUUCGCGCUGCACCGCGGCUACAGCAGCUACAGCCUGAGCCGGGUCCCGGAGGGCGAGCAGGAAGGCCUGGAAGCUGGCGCCCUGGCCACCGGCCGAGCCGAGCUUCGGCUGGAAAAGGACGAGCCUCCGCUUAGCAAGGCCGGGCAGGAUGUGGUUUUGCACCUGCCCACAGAUGGGGUGAUUCUGGAUGGCCGUGAGAGCACAGAUGACCAUGCCAUCGUCCAGUAUGAGUGGACACUGCUGCAGGGGGACCCGUCAGUGGACAUGAAGGUGCCUCAGUCAGGAACCCUGAGGCUGUCCCACCUGCAGGAAGGAACGUACACCUUUCAGCUGACUGUGAUGGACACUGCUGGGCAGAGGAGCUCCGAUAACGUCUCGGUGACGGUGCUUCCCGUGGCCUUCUCCACAGGAGGAUGCUCAAACGCUUGCUCGCGCUACCACUUCUUUUGUGACGAUGGCUGUUGCAUUGACAUCACACUGGCUUGCGACGGAGUGGAGCAAUGUCCCGAUGGGUCUGAUGAAGCUUUCUGUCAAAAUUUAAGCCUUGACCGCAAGAUGGUGACCCACACGUCAACUGCACAGCCUAGAACCACAGGACCCGGCAAAGAUGCAGGUGGGGGCUCCUUGUUGGAAAAGUCCCAGAAAGCCACUGCCCCCAAACAGCCACCUGUGUUAUCAGCCACGGAGAAGAGGAAUCAUUCCACUUUUUGGGGACCAGAGAGUCGCAUUGAUCCUGGGAUGCCAGGUAGUGGUUCCUCAGGGAAGAAUGGAAAAGAGAAAAAUUAUAUUUUUGAGUCAAAGAGCAAUCAAAGAGAACACCCAGCCCCAGAAGCAGGUGCAGUGCUGCCCCUGGCCCUGGGUUUGGCAAUCACGGCUUUGCUGCUUCUCAUGGUUGCUUGUCGACUACGACUGGUGAAACAGAAACUUAAAAAAGCUCGUCCCAUUACAUCUGAGGAAUCUGACUACCUCAUAAAUGGGAUGUAUCUAUAAUAAGUGUAAUUUAAAUAGCUGAGGUCAAGGACAUGUUUCACUUAUAAUUUAUACAUAUAUUGGGUUCUGAUAUUUAUAAACUCUUCUGUUUUUAACUGGGCUAAGAAAACUACUGAAAACCCUAAAGAUUCUGCAAGACCUAAACCUUUGUUUUUAUUUAUUGAUUUCCUUGGAAAGUAUGUGAACUAUUUUGAAAUUUAGAGACAGGAGUCCAUAUGAUUAAAGACCUUUACAUAGCUGAUUCUAAUUUAUAUAAGGUAUCCCUAAAAACAGAAAUUUGUAGUUAGCCAAGGCAGAAAAUUCAGUCUCUCAAGAGGUGGCCUGAGAAGGGCAGUGUUAACUCUACUUUCUGCCCUGCUUCCCUUGUUCUGUGGCCUCCUGUUCCUCAAGUUCAGCUUCCAGGGCUCUCCUUUCCCUUCUCCCCUUCAAACCUGUUUCUGAGGAUGGAUCUCAAAUGUUUAUACCCUCAAUGAGAUGGUAUCUAUGGUAGGAAUAUCUUAAUUAUAAACCUAAGGAGCAGAUCAAAGAGGCCUCGGGGAAGGUGAAUAUGGGUUCUUCCCAAUGCCUCUGACAUCAUUAACUUUGGGAGAAAAACUCAGACUUUGGAUUACGUAGCUCUGACAUGGUCAUUAAAUGAGAUAGGAAAUCAAGGUGGAAGCAGAGAACCCAGCAGGUCAAAAAUUUUAACAGAAACUUAGCUGAGGGCAAAAUGAGCAAAGAGGAUGAUUAGUUCUUUCUUGUAUCUACUCAACUUGAUGGUCCAGAACACAGUUGUUCAUAUAUAUAGUCACUGGUUUUCAACAUUAGUUAUGUGCUGAAGGAAGGAAAAAUGCAUUCAAAUUGAAAAGCAGAACACUGAAUGGAUUUCUGGGUACGGCUUUUGUAAAAACAUCAUGUGUUUAAGUAUCAGCAGUUCUUAUGUCCAGUGGAGUGAGCCAGUUUUUCCAUUAUUUAUUUAAUGCUCUAAAAUGUUAUAAUGUGCAAACAGCUAAUGCCAGGCUUAUGUAUUCCCAGAGCAUAAAGGAGUUUUGCACAAAUUCAUCUUUACAGAAAACCAGCAUCUAGCUUAUUAGCAUCUUUUACCUUUUAAUCUUCAGGAUUUUAAAGGCAUAUUUUUUCUAUCAUUGCUUAAUGCUGGGAUUAUGCACAUUCUAGAAAUUAUUCUACUGAGAGGAACGUAUAUUGUGAUGUUCCUAUUUACAUAAUAUGUUUUUUUACUGUUAAGUGGCAAAUCUUUUAAAAUUCUUGAAACCCUCUAGAACACUUUAUUUUUAGACUGAACCUGAUAUAGGCUUUUCCUUUGGCAAAGGACUUAAUUUGGGUCACAGAUAUAACUGAAUACAUUAACAAAUGGAUGAGUAGUUCUAGGAAAACAAAUAAAUUGGUUAUUUUUAUUUCCUGAGAAACUCAAGCGUUUUGUUGAAUUUUAGAAUUGAGCAGAUUUAAACUUUUCCUCAAGGAGUUUAGAAAUGACUGUGUGAAUGAACUGAAGAUUUUGUACUCUAUACGUGAUGCUGUGCAGUUUGUUUUUAUAUAGAAGGAUGUCACUUACAGCCAUACCCAAUAAAAUAAAACCUGAUGAGGCAUGCAUCUUUCAGCACAUCUUUUAUACACAAAAAAAUUAAACACAAGUUAGUAUUGGUACGGUGUUGAAAUACUUGACAAAAGAUGUCCCAUAUCUAUAUGUACAAUAUUCCUUUAAUAAAUUGUAUUAUAUUUU